CUCUCAGAGUCAGGGAAUCAUUCAGACAGCUGAUCGCUGAGAGGAAUUAUAUUUAUUGGUCAUUAAAGUUCACACAGAUUCGUUUGGACGGAUUUGAUGUGGAGUUCAGGGUGUCACAGUGAAAGGGCCGGACGGUCGAAUCCUCUCCGUUGUCCAAACAUCCUUCCAGGUGAGGCGACACUUGACCUGUGAAUCUUCCGGGGUCGCCCGUUGUGUCCGCUGCUCCCGAUGUGGCCGCCUCGACAGUGAUGACACCGGCUCCUCCGCAGUUGUGCGGGGUAGGAGUAUUUUUUUUUAUCGGGGGUCGUUAUUAUUGUUCCUUAUUGUCCGGAGAGGUAGUUUUUGAGGUUUGAUGAUUGGGAUCCUGCUCUUCUUGAUCCGGGGGGUGGGGUAGAAGUUUGAUUUUUCUCUGCGAACGACUUUCUUGCUCUCUCUUUGUUUCGUGGUUCUAUGGAGAAACAAAAACGCAGUGUUAUUUAUGGACACCUGCUUUAAUAAUAAACUAACCUUUGAACUAUCCGCUCCGAGCGGGAGUUCCCGGUGUCCAAACAUUUUCAUUCCGAUUCCCAUUCCCGUUGCUACCCGGCCUGCUGCGUUCGGCCAGCAUUUUGUUUGUGUUGCUUUGGAUUUCCAGGAUCUGCAGACUUUGUCGCGUUUGUGAUUUACCUCUCCGUUGUCCGUCCCGCUUCCGGCCACUUGUGGCGCUGCUGUGCGGGUCUCCGGCCGUCGGCGACGAUAUGCAGACAUCCGGCCAUUGGUGGCGCUGUGGAGGAACGCUGCUGAACGCAUGCGCGGUGCCGAGUGCCGCUGUUUGGCGGUUCUCCGAUUGGAGCAGGGUUAGACCUGCAGUGAGAGAUUUAUUGGAAGAAAAACCACGACUGAAGUCGAGGGAACAGCAACAAGUGAACCAGCCCGAGGAUUGAGAGCACCGACUGGAGAGAACCCAUCUGACUCGGAGAUUCCAGUGAUUCAGUCAGGAGAAAGUUUGCUGUGCGGACCAACCAUUUAUCUGGGCAGGAAACGUUUACAUGGCUUCAAAACUGUGGCACUUCACAUUGACAAUAGAUAAAAGAAAAUCCCAGCUGCACGUCAACAAAGGGUUAAAAACAACAAGGAAAUUAUCUACGGGGAGGUCAAACACAACACGCUGUUUUGUUGUCUAUGUCCAGAUAUUUAAGAAGUGGAACAAGGGAUUUACUCGAUCAUCAUUCCUACUCAGGCUGUGGGGAGUGAUUCACUCGAUCAUUAUUCCUAUUCAGACUGUGGGAGAGAUUCAUCGAUCAUCUGACCGACUGACAUGCUGUCAAUUUACACGGGGGGAAUCCAUUUAUCUGCUCAGUCAUCCACUCUAAUGGCUCACCAGCGAGUUCACACCGGGGUGUGGCCAUUCACCUGCUCAGACUGUGGGAAGGGAUUCAUGUUGUCAGCUCACCUACUGAGUCAUCAGUCAGUUCACACGGGUGAGAGGCCAUUCACCUGCUCUGACUGUGGGAAAGGAUUCACUUUGUCAUCUAAUCUUAAGCUACAUCAGCGAGUUCACUCUGGGGAGAGGCCGUUCACCUGCUCAGACUGUGGGAAGGGAUUGGCGUUGUCUUCCCACCUACUGAGACAUCAGUUAGUACACACUGGUGAGAGGCCGUUCACCUGCUCAGAAUGUGGGAAAAGAUUCACUUCGUCAUCUCAACUUAAGGUACAUCAGCGAGUUCACACUGGGGAGAGGCCGUUCACCUGCUCGGACUGUGGAAAAGGAUUCACUCAGUCAUCCCACCUAGAAGCACAUCAGCGAGUUCACACUGGGGAGAGGCCAUUCACCUGCUUAGACUGUGGGAAGGCAUUCACACAGUUUGCUACCCUACAAGCACACUGGUCAGUUCACACUGGGGAGAGGCCGUUCACCUGCUCAGACUGUGGGAAAGGAUUCACUUCGUCAUAUAAACUUAAGGUGCAUCAGCGAGUUCACACUGGGGAGAAGCCAUUCUCCUGCUUAGACUGUGGGAAGGGAUUUGCGUUGUCAUCUCACCUACUGAGACAUCAGUUAGUACACACUGGUGAGAGGCCGUUCACCUGCUCAGACUGUGGGAAAGGAUUCACUCAGUCAUCCCACCUACAAGCACAUCAGCGAGUUCACACUGGGGAGAGGCCAUUCACCUGCUCAGACUGUGGGAAAGGAUUCACUUCAUCAUAUAAACUUAAGGUACAUCAGCGAGUUCACAUGGGGGAGAGGCCGUUCACCUGCUCAGACUGUGGGAAAGGAUUCACUCAGUCAUCCCACCUACAAGCACAUCAGCGAGUUCACACUGGGGAGAGGCCAUUCACCUGCUCGGACUGUGGGAAUGGAUUCACUCAGUCAUCCCACCUACAAGCACAUCAGCGAGUUCACACUGGUGAGAAGCCGUUCACCUGCUCGGACUGUGGGAAGGGAUUCACUCAGUCAUCCCACCUACAAGCACAUCAGCGAGUUCACACUGGAGAGAGGCCGUUCACCUGCUCAUUGUGUGGGAAGCGAUUCGCGUUGUCCUCUCACCUACUGAGACAUCAGUUAAUACACACUGGUGAGAGGCCGUUCACCUGCUCAGAAUGUGGGAAAAGAUUCACUCAGUCAUCCCAACUACAAGCACAUCAGCGAGUUCACACUGGGGAGAGGCCAUUCACCUGCUCAGACUGUGGGAAAGGAUUCACUUCAUCAUAUAAACUUAAGGUACAUCAGCGAGUUCACAUGGGGGAGAGGCCGUUCACCUGCUCAGACUGUGGGAAAGGAUUCACUCAGUCAUCCCACCUACAAGCACAUCAGCGAGUUCACACUGGGGAGAGGCCAUUCACCUGCUCGGACUGUGGGAAUGGAUUCACUCAGUCAUCCCACCUACAAGCACAUCAGCGAGUUCACACUGGUGAGAAGCCGUUCACCUGCUCGGACUGUGGGAGGGAUUCACUCAGUCAUCCCACCUACAAGCACAUCAGCGAGUUCACACUGGAGAGAGGCCGUUCACCUGCUCAUUGUGUGGGAAGCGAUUCGCGUUGUCCUCUCACCUACUGAGACAUCAGUUAGUACACACUGGUGAGAGGCCGUUCACCUGCUCAGAAUGUGGGAAAAGAUUCACUUUGUCAUCUCAACUUAAGGUACAUCAGCGAGUUCACACUGGGGAGAGGCCAUUCACCUGCUCUGACUCUGGAAAAGGAUUCAUUCAGUCAUCCCACCUGCGAGCACACUACUCAGUUCACACCGGGGAGACUCUAGACACCUGCUCGGACUUUGGGAAGAGAUUCUCUCAGUCAAAUCAACCAAAUGUGCAUCAUUGAGUUCACACUGGAGAGACCGUUCACUGGAUGUGUGUCCAUCACCGUUGCUGAAUGCAAUUUCGAGACUGACUGUCGGUGCUGAACUCUGCAAUCAUUGCUGCUGCUCACCACACCCAGUUCUGCACCCUGGUCACUGGGCAUGGGAGGAGUUUCUUCUGCUGCACAUUCACCUUUAAUAGGACUGGAGUUUAAUAUUCUGCAUCUGUGACAAAUAAAUC